AUCACUUUUAAAGAAAAAAAAAAAAGAAGAAAGAAAAUAAUACUUUUGUAGUCGUUAACAGGAAGUAUUCUAGGGAUGCUUUGAACUGCCUUUGUGCGAUGUUUAUGAUUUUGUUAUUCCCAUUGUUAGCAAAGUAGUAGUAAGCUAACCUAGGUGUACUAAACUGCUGCUAGCUGCUUGGACAAGUCGUCCGUCUUAUUAGCCAUCCUAAGUGAUGUUUGUGACUUUAUUAUCAUAUAAUUAAUCAUAAAGUAAAGUAAAUGUGUUUUUAGACAAGGAUACAGAGUUUGGUCCUAGUCCCGCCAGUCUAGUGCGGUAAAAAUCUUCGGGUUGUUUGCUAACUCCUUAGCUAAUCUCUUGUUCAGCUUUAGGGAGAAAGACACAAAUAAUUAGAGUGAAAUAAAGCCUGAACUACUGUAAGAUUAAAAAUAUAUAUGCUGUAUUGUUUUUAGGAUUGGUUGUAUUGGAUUUUAAAGACGUCAUUGCUUGGUUUGGCUGGGUUUUGUUUGAGGCGGUUUGUCCUCCCGCUUCUUAAAUUGGCGGGGAGUCGACUUUCACAACCUCACCCGGGCGUUUGAACUAAUUUUCCAUUUGGAGAGAAAAAAAUGUCAAGACGCAGUUGCCGUAACACGCUGCAAGAAAGAGAUGAAAACACAGCAGACCAAAAUACAUGUCCAAGGAAGAGAAAAGCUGAGCAAUGCAAAAGGAAAACUCCCGCAGCCAAGAAACAAAGCUAUGAAAUUCAGAACCGGUGGGUGGAAGGAGAUGUUAGCCCCUGCGUUCUUGUCGAGACGCCUCACAAGGAACUUGAAGAGACGAGUAACUUAUCUGGUUUUAAACGCUUCCGGUUCAAGAAUCUGUUCAUCAAGCCUUCUCCUCUACCUUGCCUCAGCUGGGCCAGCUCUGAUGAUGUGUGGAUUAAGAUGCUGAAUAAAGAACUGAAGUACAUCCAUGAUAAAACCUUCAUGCAGCAGCACCCCAGCCUGCAACCAAAAAUGAGGGCCAUUCUCCUUGACUGGCUUUUAGAGGUGAGCGAGGUGUAUACGCUUCACCGUGAGACCUUUUACCUGGCACAGGACUUCUUUGAUCGCUUCAUGCUGACUCAGGUAGCCAUUGGGAAGAACCAGUUGCAACUCAUUGGCAUUACUUCACUAUUUGUUGCAUCUAAACUGGAGGAAAUUUACCCACCAAAGCUUCAAGAGUUUGCGUACGUCACAGACGGUGCCUGCGAUGAAGAUGAAAUCCUGGAAAUGGAGCUGAUCAUGCUGAAGGCGUUAAACUGGCACCUCUGUCCGGAAACUCCCAUCUCUUGGCUGAAGCUUUAUGCUCAAGUGGGCUCUCUGAAGGAAGGACCAAAUUUUCUCGUGCCUCAGUUUUCUCAGGAAGCCUAUAUACAAAUGACUCAGUUGCUGGAUCUUUGUAUACUGGACAUUAACUCGUUAGAUUACCAGUAUGGAGUUCUGGCUGCUGCUGCGUUUUGUCACUUUACCUCAAUUGAAACUGUGCAGAAAGUAUCUGGUCUGACAUGGGACAGUAUAUCCAGCUGUGCACGCUGGAUGGCCCCCUUUGUGAGGGCUGUGAAUGAAUAUGGCCAGCCAAAACUGAAGGACUUCAAAAAGGUUGCAGUAGAGGACCGGCACAACAUCCAAACUCACGUGGACUAUCUGUCCAUGUUGAACGACGCUCAGCAGCGACAGCAGGAGAACCUGGACCGAUUGUCUCCAGUGGCUGUAGGAGGCCUGCUGACUCCACCUAAAAGCACAGAAAAGCCCACUAAUGUGUGACAGGCUCAAUGACAAACUGCUGUUCCCGAUUAUGAUCCACACCACCUGGCUGUCAACAGCACAAGUGUGCCUUUCUGUUUGUGUGCAAAGGACCUCUGGACCCACAUGCGGUUUCAACACUUCCAGAAUUGGGCUUGUUUCAUAUCAGUGUAGAGAAGAGCUUUACAGAAUGAGACAAGGUGCUGUGUUUCGAAAAACAGUGGUCAUGACCUCACAGGACGCUGUUCAAAGCCGUGAUAUGUGCCUUUUUAUCAAAGACUCUUGAUUGUUUACAAGUAUUUAAGUCCUAUACUUGAUUUUAGGGCUUUCAUUUCUGAAAUGUACCCAGAGCAAUGCAGUGUUGUAUCUGAGAUGGCUCACUUUGUAGGAUUGUGUAUGUGUGUCUUAUUUUAUUUUUCCACUUGUAGAAAAAUGUGUGAUGUGAAUGUUUUAUGGACUAAACUAUGUUGCCAUAGGAUUUCUAGUCAGUGCUGCUCUAAACCUCUGGUCAUUGUGAAGCUGAACUGCAGCUUGGAGACAUGGAAGUUGGUGUGGAUGAGUCGAGUUGUUCUCACAGGUGCUGCAUCGUUUGAGUUCUUCUUAGCCAGUCUAAGGAACCUGUUCCUAUUAUUUCACUCUGAAAGAAGUUUGAUGAAAUUUACAAUUGCAAAAGUAUUUGCAUAUUUAUGGUGUCACCUUUCUCUUUUAAAUUUAUUGAAUUUUCAUGAUACUAUGAAUUUCCUUUCAUUCUAUUGCCAAAGGCAAAUAUUUAAUUCAAACUGUGCUUAUUUAUGAAAUGUCGUAAGAUGCAGUAUUGUACUGGACCUUACUUUUGUAGCAUAACUCAUGUGGUGUGUGUUGUUUUUUUGUUUUUUUUUUUAAACUCUCAGAAGUGGGAGUCAAAUACAUUGCCUGUAAAGAACAGGGUGUAAAACUGUAUAUAAGAGAAUGUGUACAUAUGGUAAUGUCAAGACAUGAUUUCACUGUCUUAGUUGUUACAUAUGGAAAUAUUAAAGCAGUGAUAGAAAUUUGA